AUGGGAGUCACAGGCAACAUCGUCCCUAGCGCCAGUGCCGCAUCUUCAGCCAACAAGCCUGUCAAGAUUCUCAUGAUGCAUGGCAAUGGAUCCAGCGGCUCCCGACUAGACUACAAAACCAGACAUCUCCAGCCCUUAAUCCGAGACGCCAUCAAGCAGCGCACAAACCAAAACGUCGAGUUCUUCUUCCCCAACGCCCCCUUCCUCCCCACUGGAUUCGACGAAGACUCAUUCACCUGGGGCCUGGGCGAUUACCGGAUGUCCCGCGUGCCAGGCUUGGACAAGUCUGUCGCCUUUCUCUUGUCCUAUCUCGAAGAGCACGGUCCGUUUGACGGCAUCAUCGGAUCUUCCGCCGGGUGCUGUGUGGCAGUGGCAUUAGCCUCGCUCCUAGAGAAUCCCGAUCGUUGCGCUGAGUUCUCCGUCAAGACCUCGCAUCCUCGCCUUCGGUUCAUCCUCGCGUAUAGCGGCUGCGUGAUGGAGAACCCGUGCUAUUCGUCGCUGUACUCGCCAAAGGUCCAGACUCCCGCCAUGUUCUUUAUCGGUGAGCUGGACUCGUUUAUCCCCCCGGACCUGACGAUGCGCCUUGCGGAUUGUUGCAGUAAUUCUGCGGUUGUCACGUUUUGGGGGACUCACUACAUUCCGCGUUUCCAUGAGACCAACAGCGCUGCCGUGGACUUUGUUUGCAGGGCUUUGGCAGGAGGUAGAGAGGAGGAUGCAAACAACUGGGUGGAUAUUUAG